AUCACUUUAGAGCAUAUUUAUGUUCCUUCAUCCUUCAUCUAUUGUUUAGCAUCCAUGUUUAUUUCUUGUCUUGCAUUCCCAUAAUCUUGUUUGAUUCUCUGCCUUCAACAAUUGAAAUAUGGAUUCAUACAUGGUCAAGUGCGAUUCUUCGUCAGUCAAGACACCUUUUGAAAUAUUCAUCCAUGGAGAAAGUUUUGACCAACAAAGGAUUGAGGAAAUCUCCAAUUACAAGUAUUUCUCUCCUAUCAUUCACAAUUGCCAAGUCCAAGGGGCAAGCUUAGAAGGACAAGAACCAAAAGCAACCUCGAAGAUCAAAAGCUCAAGCACAUCACACUUCAUGUUGCUCCAGCAAUCAAGGGAUUCAUCAAGGAAAAAAAAUGGAACUUCUCAUUAGACAAUUGUACUUUGAAAGAUCUAGGAGUCAGAUUUUACUAGGGAGUUGAAUGCUACCGUGUUGAUGUACUUAGUGUGAUGUACUAGGCUUUUACUUUGUAAUGAAUGACCAUUUUUGUAAUGCAUGUUGAGCUACUUGUAAGUGUCUUUUCUAUAGCUCUUGGAGUCUAUGGAAAUCUCAAGGCAUUCAAAGAUAUUUUGCUUCAUUCGAGGCUCCUUAAGGAUUGGAAAUCGACAAUGUGUGAAUCCAUAUAGCAAUUGUUGAAGCACUAAAUCAUGCAAAAUUAU